GGGGCAGGAGGACCCAGAGCCCACACAGAUUAAAGAGGAACAGGAGGAACUCAGGACCAGUCAGGAGGAAGAGCAGUUUCAAGUGCUAUUUGAUACCAAAGACUCCAUAUUCACUCCUUCCUGUGUGAAAAGUGAAUGUGAUCAGGAGGACCCACUUCAGUCCUGGACUCUUCCCCAAACCCAGACUGUGGAGAACAGAGAGAGUGACUCUAAACCAGUGGAUCUGAAACCUUUUGGCAUUGUGACCCACCUAAAGGAUCUGGACAUUCCCUGCGACCCUAAUCAAAACAAUGCCUCCAACCACAGCUCAGCCGUAAGCAGCGACCCAGUAGGACUUGACAGCAGUCCACUAUUGGAUCCCAACCCACCAUUGGAGAAAAACUGUUUCAAACCAAGCACCACAUCUAGAAAAACGUACCACUGUGGUGACUGUGGUGAAACGUUUGCUCUGAAAGCUGACCUGCAGAGGCAUGUGACUCUCCCCAAGAAGAGACCCAGUGAAUGCUGCUUCUGCAAAAAACACUACAACUCCACCUGUAAACUGAAGUCCCAUGUCAGGCUCUGUCACCUUGGGAAGCCCUUCACCUGCCCUGCUUGUGGCAAGACCUUCAAAUACAAAGGCCAUAUGUCCAGGCACAUGAGGAUUCACAAAGGAGAUAAAGUAUUUAGCUGUGGUGACUCUGGGAAAAGCUUCAGUCAGAAGGGGAACCUAACCGAACAUGUACUGACUCACACAGGAGAGAAACCGUUUAGCUGUGGUGACUGUGGGAAAAGCUUCAAUCGGAAGGGGAACCUAACCGAACAUGUACUGAUCCACAAAGGAGAGAAACCAUUUAGCUGUGGUGACUGUGGGAAAAGCUUCAAUCGGAAGGGGAACCUAACCGAACAUGUACUGACUCACAAAGGAGAGAAACUAUUUAGCUGUGGUGACUGUGGGAAAAGCUUCAGUCAGAAGGGACACCUUACCGUGCAUAAACUGACUCAUACAGGUGAGAAACCUUUUAGCUGUGGUGACUGUGGGAAAAGCUUUAGUCAGAAGGGGAACCUAAGCAUUCAUAAACUGACUCACACAGGAGAGAAACCUUUUAGCUGUGGUGACUGCGGAAAAAGCUUUGGGCUCAAGCGGCACCUAACCAUGCAUAAACUGACUCACACAGGAGAGAAACCAUUUAGCUGUGGCGACUGCGGGAAAAGAUUCAAUCGCAAGGAGGUCUUAACUAUGCAUAUAAGGACUCACACAGGAGAGAAACCAUUUAUCUGUGGUGACUGUGGGAAAAGCUUCAGGCAUAAGGGGUCCCUCAAGUUACAUAUAUUGUCUCACACAGGAGAGAUACUUUUUAACUGUGGUGACUGUGGGAAAAGCUUCAAUAAGAGGGGGAACCUAAACAUGCAUUUACGGACUCACACAGGAGAGAAACCUUUUAGCUGUGGUGACUGUGGGAAAAGCUUCAAUCAGAGGGGGAACCUAACCACGCAUACACGGACUCACAACAGAGAUUAUUCUUUUCGCUGUGGUGACUGUGGGGAAAGCUUCACUGAGAAGGGGCACCUAACUGAACAUAUACGGACUCACACAGGAGAGAAACGAUAUAGGUGUGGUGAUUGUGGGAAAAGCUUCAAUCAGAAGGCUGACCUAAGGAGGCAUAUACUGACUCACACAGGAGAGAAACCACAUGGCUGCUCAGUCUGUGGUAAAAGAUUCACUCAUAAAUCUCAUCUGAUGAGGCAUGUGGAUAAAGUCCACAAAGGACAGAAACUGAAAGAGGAAAGAACAUUAGGACAAAGAGAUUGUCUGUCAGGUAAGUGAAUAUAAAGGCAGGAUGUGGACAAAUCUCUUAGGAAGCAACAGCGAUAUGGCCCUCAUCAAAUAUGCAGACGACAUGGCUCUGGUUGCUUGCCUGGAGGACAAGUCCAUCUCAAGCUACUCCCAGUUCAUUGACUGCCUCAACGUGGUUUGACAAUAGCUUCCUUGACCUUAACGUCACCAAGACUAAAGAACUGUGCUUUGGAGGAAAGAAAGCUGGGGAAAACGGAAGCCCUUCUCUCGAGCAUGUCACCAUGGAAGGACAGGACGUGGAGCAAGUCACACAUUUUAAAUACUUGGACAAUUUUAGACCACAAACUUAGCUUCCAGUAGAACACUGACCUCAUCUACAAAAAGGCAGUUUCUUUCCCUACUUAAGAAACUAUGAUGUUUUAAUGCAAGCAGACACACACUGAUCAUGGUAUACAAAUCCCUGAUCGAGUGUUCUCAAUUACAACAUCCCCUUCUGGUACCUUUUCAGUGAUGUUUAAUUUUUUAUUUGUUUCAUUUUGACAUUUCAUUCUGACAUAUAAAUGUUUAAUGUGUUUCAUUCUGACAUUUCAUUCUGACAUGUAAAUGUUUCAUGUGUUUCAGUCUGACAUUUCAUUCUGACAUGUAAAUGUUUCAUGUGUUUCAGUCUGACAUUUCAUUCUGACAUGUAAAUGUUUCAUGUGUUUCUGUAUGUUUUUUGUCUGUUUUUAUCCUUUUAAUGUAACUCAGAGCGCCAACGACACAUUUUCAUUCUGUUAAAACUUAAUGGACAAAGUUUGUAUUUUCUGCUCAUCUUAAAGCGAUCUUAAACUCUG